AUGCCUGCCCUGUUUGUUGACACGACCUUCGGGUUUCUCAUGCGCAACAUCUCUGGCGGAAGAUUUUUCCCAUACGAAGAUACCUACAAUGAAGAGCUCCGCGAGGAGUACUUCAACCAAGGAGACAUCAAAGAAGAAGAACCUUCUGAUGACGAGGAGAAGAACGGUUCCAAGGGAAAAUACAAGCUGAUCGAGUUCAGAGAGAACGAUCCUGAUAACCCGCAAAACUGGUCUACCUUCAAGAAGUGCUUCGUGACCUUCAACAUUUGUUUCUUGACAACAUCCGUAUACAUUGGUUCCGCCAUUUACACCUCUGGUCUACCCUUCCUGACUGAGGCCUUUGGCACGUCGACCGAAGUCAUCACCAUCGGUCUUACUCUCUAUGUUCUGGGUUAUGGUCUUGGUCCCAUGAUCUGGGCGCCUCUAUCCGAAAUUCCUCAGAUUGGCAGAAAUCCUAUCUACAUUGGAACGCUGGUUGUAUUCGUCUUCUUCAACUUUGCCGUUGUGUAUGCAAAGAACAUUGGCAUGCUCUUGGCUUUCCGUUUCCUUACCGGUUUCUUCGGCUCUCCCGUACUCGCUACUGGAGGUGCUUCGUUGUCGGAUAUCUUCCCUCCUAACAAGCGUGCAUAUGGCCUGUCCAUCUUCGGUAUUGCCAACAUCAUGGGACCAUCGCUUGGACCUGUUGCUGGCAACUGGGCAGCUCAAUACGAAGGAUGGACUUGGCCCAUCUGGAUUCUCAUUUGGAUUUCCGUCCCGGAAACGUCUGCAAACAAUAUUCUAUACCGCCGUACUGCUCGUCUUCGCAAAUGGCAGGAGAAGAAUGGAUACUUGGACGACAAGCCAUACGACAAGAUCAAGUGCGAGCCUGAAAUUCAAGGCGAAAGCAUGGGUCUUGGAGACAUCGCCAUGAUGACUCUAGUCAAGCCUUUCUCUCUCACCCUCACAGAACCUAUCGUCUUUGCUUUGAACAUGUACAUUGCCCUCAUCUACGCCGUCCUGUACUGCUGGCUGGAGUCCAUUCCCAUCGCCUUCGAAGAACUCUAUCGCUUCAGUCUCGGAACCACUGGCUUGUGCUACCUUGGUAUCUGUGUUGGUGGUCUUGUCUGUAUCCCCCCUUACUGGUACUACAACUAUUAUUACGUCGAGCCUCGCUUCUCAAAGGAUGGAACCCUUCGCCCCGAAAUCAGAAUGGAGCCUGCGGUGGCCACUUGCAUCUGUCUACCUCUCUGUCUGUUCAUGUUUGGAUGGACCGCCAACCCUUCGAUCAACUUCAUCGUACCUAUCAUUGCUACUUCUUUCUUCACCAUUGGAGCCUUUGGUGCUUUCUCGGGCGUGCUCAACUAUCUUGGCGAUGCUUACCCUGCAGACUUCGCAUCCAUUUCUGCAGGUAACGAUUUCUUCCGUUCUUGCUUUGGUGCUGCCUUCCCUCUUUUCGCUCGUCAGAUGUUCAACACCCUCGGUCUCAACUGGGGUAACUCGCUUCUCGGUUUCCUGACUGUUGUGUUCAUCCCUAUUGUCACCUUCCUAUGGUUGAAGGGUGACAGACUCAGAGCUCGCAGCAAGAGAGCUUCGCAGGACUACCUGAGCAAGAAGGACGAGGAGAAGAAGGAGGGCGACAAGAGUGAUGACGACGAAAAGACUCAGUUGCAGAGCCGGCGUCGGCUCCGAUUACCCUGCGGCUCAAGAAAGCCGUUGUGGGCGGGAUUCUGGGUGCGUGGCUUUCAGGAAAAGUCGAUCUGGAGCGCCAGCCAGCUUCAACCAGACUCGCAUUCGGGAAUCGUGAGCAGUGGCGCUCAGGGCCUGAGCAGAGGGGAACGCCAUGUAGUCGGCAUCCCCGGCCUGGACGCUUCCUUUGAAGCAGACGUUCAGCGAAGAAUUUUCCAACCCUAUACCACACAGCAGCGUCUGGGGAGCUUCUCAGAUUGCCGGGCAGAGACGGGUGUCAUGUCGACCUUGGGAGCUUCGGAUUCGGUGCAGGAGUGGCUUCGUUUGCGAGCGUUGGCAAGAUACUUUGCUCCGUACAACAUCACGGCCGACGAUGUCAAUGCCGAACACGGCGAACCGGCCCCGCCGUCACUGGCCAAAAGCCCGCUCCUGACGGCCGUCACGCAGAAUGGCGCCUUGCGCAUGAACUGCGACCGCGCCUUUGUUUCGCUCAUCGACUCGUCGACGCAAUACAUUCUCGCCGAAGCCACAAGAUCCAUCUCGAUCCGCGACUCGACCAACUUCGCCCAUCCUCAAGAUGCGCUGUUCCUUGGUGUGCAGAAUUUGAACAAGGAAUAUGGCAUCUGUCCGCAAUCUGUCGCCAUCUUUACCGACCGCACCGGCCGACGGGCCAUCAACAGCCAUGACGUUGUCGCCGAUACCACACGCUAUGUGAUCCGUGACCUACGAGAGAUGGAUCAGUACAAACACUGCCCCUACGUCGUUGGCUUUCCUCACAUGGUCUCGUAUGCCGAGGUGCCUGUCAAGAGCGCCUCAGGCCAUAUCCUGGGAACAUACUGUGUCAUGGACAACAAGAUUCGAGACGACUUCUUCAAUGACAGUACAAUCGACAUACUCAACGACAUUGCCGCCUGUAUCACCGAGCAACUGGAGCUUCAUGCCAUCAAGCAAGAGUCGGGCCGAGGAGUACAAAUGAUGAGGGGCUUGUCCGAGUUCAUCGAAAGCAGACGCUCAGGAGCAGACACACAUGAAACAUCGCGAAAGAGCUCUGUUACCGACUACUUCGACAACCGACAGCAGAAACCUGCAGCGACAUCAUCCUCGACUUCACUGGACUCGGAGAAGCAGACUUUCGACAAUGCGACAACGCAGGCCACAACCCCACCAACACCUUCUGAGGAUCUCUUCUCCCCACCAAGUCCUGGAGUCUGCGAACCUGCCGUGGACAUGGCAAGAAAACCCUUGGCCGGCUGUCGAACCAUGAAAGACAUCUAUUCAGGCGCCGCACAUCUUAUUCGCGAUGCUAUCGACAUCGAAGGAUUGGUCUUCCUGCAUGGAUCUACAGACAACGCAAUGACAAGUCUCACACAAUCUCUCUCGAAGCCAACAAUAACGACCGACGCAUUGCACAGUACUGAAACAUCCUCACUCUGCGAGGUUCUUGGAAGCUCAGUCGUCCCCGGCGGUUGCAAUCUUGGCACCUUGCAGCAACCAUUAAUUAUUCAUGAUACUUCGCUUCGCUACCUCACUCAGAAAUUCCCUCGAGGUUGUGUCUUUGUUUCUGACACCCAAGGCAAUCCUGUCUUCGACAAGGAUGGCGCUUUUAUUGCUCAGACCUAUUCCCAGCAGACCUCCUCUGCGGCCGUUCAGGUGUCUAGUGAGCUGCAGGCAUUGAUUCGCAAAGCCCGUUCCUUGAUUUUCCUCCCUCUUUGGGACUCGACGCAGGAGAAAUUCAUCGUAGGUAUGCUCGGCUGGACCAGCGAUCCUACAAGAGUGCUUGCAGAGCAGGAUAUGACAUGUUUGUCUGCCUUUGGAAACACUUUCAUGACCGAGAUUGCAAGGACAGAGAUGACAGAGCUGGCACGCGCAAAAUCAGACUUCUUGUCUUCUAUCAGUCACGAACUUCGAUCGCCUCUUCAUGGCAUUCACGCUGCUGUCGAUCUCUUGCAAGAUCCUGAACACGACUCCAAGGCUGAAUUGGUUGAAAUGAUACAGAGCUGUUCUUCGACAUUACUGGACACUUUGAACCACGUUCUGGACUUUUCACGGGUCAGCAAACUCACCGAUGUGAAGAUUGAGACGCAUCCUCUCUCUUCUGUCGAAACCUCGGAGGUGUCUUACAAUGCCUUUGGCGAUGUGAGCCAGGAAUACCUGUGUGACCUGGUCCUAUCAGUAGUCGAAGGAGUACAUUUCGGUCAAGCCUCGCGCAAAGCCACUUUCGAUAAGCUGCAGAAUACCAUUGUCAACCACGCUGCCAAGUCUCAUCUCUCAUCGGAUACACUGGCACUAGAUCGUCCCAGCGACAACGACUCCCNNCUUUCGCAAGGCCCCGAUGCUGUGGCCGUCUAUGUGGACAUAGAGAGUCGAUCCGACUGGUGCAUGAUGGUUCCCGCUGGCGCCUGGAAACGUCUGGUCAUGAAUCUGUUUGCCAACGCUCUGAAAUAUACCGAACAGGGAUUUGUCGAGGUCUCCUUGAAAGUGGUGAUGGGUCCUAAGGAUUCCACCAAGCGAUUUGCUCAUCUCGUGGUUAGCGAUACGGGCAUCGGCAUGAGUCCUGAAUUCUUGGAGCGAAGCUUGUACCAGCCAUUUGUGCAAGAGAACCCGAUCGCUGAUGGAACUGGUCUGGGACUCAGCAUUGUCAAGAAGAUUGUCGAGGACUUGCAAGGCACCAUCGAAGUACAGAGUACACAAGGGGUCGGAACGCGAUUCGACGUCUUGAUUCCUCUGCCAAAUCAUGAUGCUCGAGAGGAAGCCCUGCCCAUGGGUGGACAGAGAUUGGAUCCAACUGCAAUCCUCAAGGGCCGGACAAUAUGCUUGUUAUCAUCCUCCAGCAUGCGUGUGGAAAAGUCUCCCCGGGCUGAGUUGCAACUUCGGCGCACAACGACGAUGCAAUCGAAUGUGCGCUCUAUUGCUGGUACUUGGUUCGGCAUGCAUGUCACUACUAGCCACAGCUUAGAAGGUGUCGCCGCAGAUAUCGUCAUGGUCGAGGAGAUGCAUCUUGCUAGUCUGAUAUCUGCCAACCCGGAGAUCUUGAACAAGCUCAGCAAACAACAUAUAGUCUUGGUUGAUGCUCAACCAUCUCACCAUGUUAACAAGCUUCAACUCCCUGGCAGCAUCGUAAACCUAGCAUACCCGCUCAGUCCAAAAGCACUUGUUCGUGCGUUUGCUGCUAGCUUGGCCUCUAGCAUCCAGCCGCAGGCUCUGCCAUUGACGCAUGCACUUCCCUCAGGAUCGCUACCGCCAACACACCAUAACCAAGAAACGCUCACAAACCAGCCAGAUGGCCCAACACUCACAAAGAUCGCCAAACUCACACCUCAAGACAGCAAACCUGUCCAAGAAACCAACACAACACGGCAAGACCAACAACACUUCCUCCUCGUCGACGACAACGCAAUAAACCUCCGCCUCCUCACCACCUUCAUGAAANAACUCUCCUACACUUCAGAAACCGCCAUCAAUGGCCUCGAAGCAUUCGAAAAGUUCAAAGUCUCCUCCUCAAAAUUCACAACUAUUCUUAUGGAUAUUAGUAUGCCUGUUAUGAAUGGAUACGAGUCUAGUCGAGCUAUAAGAAAUCAUGAGAAGAUUUUGGAGGAAAGGGAGGGGGAGGGCAGGAGGAAGGCGGUGAGGAUUAUUGCGUUGACGGGGUUGGGUUCGGAAGCUUCGAAGCAAGAGGCCAAGGCAAGUGGGAUUGAUGAGUUUUAUACGAAACCGGUAAAGUUUGAUGCGUUGAGGGAGUUGUUGCAGAACUAG